AUGGGCAGAAUGGCAAAGCCCUCGUUCCUGCGCGCCAUGCCCUCCACGAGCCUUGGCCCCUGUCGAAAAAGUCUCAAGGCCAGCCCCGGGAUUGGCCCCGGCCUGCGCCGCGUCUGUCCGAGCUGUCGGCUUCCUCAGCGCCGUCCGUUCGCGAGCGCGACGUCACCGACGCCGCCCCCGAAGCCGCCGUCGUCCGGGUUCGCGGCCCUGCCGUCGAGGCACCUCCUGUCCGUGUCGGGCCCCGAAGCCGCCAAGUUCCUGCAGGGCAUCGUCACCGCCAACGUGUGCCGGCCCGACGGCUCGCCGCGCACCGAUGGCUUCUACACGGCCUUCCUCAACGCGACGGGCCGAGUGAUGCACGACGUCUUCCUCUACCCCUUUCCGAGCCGCUCGGGCUCGAGAGACGACGCCGACCGAGGUGGCUUCCUCGUCGAGGCGGACGCGAGCCAGAUGAGCAGGCUGGCCAAGUACGUCAAGAGGUACAAGCUUCGGGCCAAGGUCGACGUGCGCAUCAUGACCCCCGACGAGGCGUCCGUCUGGCACGUCUGGGACGACGCCGGCCAUCUCCGCCUGGCGUCCGGCGCCGACAGCAUCGUCGCCAGAGACGACCGAGCGCCCGGUCAGGGCUAUCGGAUCGUCCAGCUCAACGGCAGGAGGCCCGAGGUCGAGGUCGAACCGUCGAGCGAAGAGGCGUACACGGUGAGGAGGUACCUCCGCGGAGUGCCCGAGGGACAGGACGAGAUGCUGCGAGAGCAGGCGCUGCCGCUGGAGAGCAACAUUGAGCUGAUGGGCGGCAUCGACUUUCGCAAGGGCUGCUACGUCGGCCAGGAGCUGACGAUACGGACCAAGCACCGGGGCGUCGUCCGCAAGCGCAUCGUCCCCUGCAUGGUGUACGAGUCCGACAAGGCGGUGCCUCAGACGCUCGCCUACGAGCCGGCGGUCGAGCCGACCGCCUCCCCGGCGAGCUGGACGGCGGCCAUGAUACCGGCCGAGACGAGCAUCGGCCGCCUCGGCAAGCGGGGUCGCAGCGCCGGUCGCUGGCUCAAGGGCGUCGGCAACAUCGGCCUCGCCCUCUGCCGGCUCGAGAUCAUGACGGACGUGGUGCUGCCGGGCGAGCAGCCGGCCGCCACCUUGUCGGCCGAGGACGAGUUCGAGCUCGGCUGGGGCGAGGAAGAGGGCGGCGCCAAGGUCAAGGUCAAGGCAUUCGUCCCGGACUGGCUGCGGCAGCGGUUGAAGGAGUCGCAGCACCAACACGACCGCUGA